UAGUUGAAGAAAUUAGCGGCAAUUAAAAAAAGAACAUUUUAUGUUUAAAACAAACUGUAGUUUUCAUAAAGAGAAUAUAUUAAAAUAUAGCCAACGUCCGAUUUGUUAACCAGUUUCACCUUAUCGCCCGGGCUGUUAUCGAUAAGGUUGUUAUCGCUGCUGCACGUGUGAUGUGAUGUUUAUAUUUUAAAAAAGACAAUAAUUUUACUGAUAUUAAUAAUAUCAUUAUUAAUAAAGUAAACAUGGGCAAGAAAGUGCACAAUGCCAAGGCACGGCAGAAUCCGCAAACCAUAGUGGACAACUCGGCCGUGAAGAAGAUCCAGAUCGAUGUGGAUGCAGUGGCCGGCGCAAGCCAGACGGGCUACGAUGAGGCCAACGCCCUGGUGCUGCCCUCCGAGAAGCGGGCCACCAAGAUCAAGGUGGACAAGGUGCAGCACGUGAAGAUCCUCACCAAGAAGCAGCGCAAGCACCUGCAGGCGAUUGUUGACAAGAAGAAGAAGAAGGAAGGCCGCGCCCAGCUCUUGGGCGACCUGGCCGCAGUGCAAAUCCCAGAGGCGGAACUGCAGCAGUACACUUCUAUCAGCCAGGUGCAAACGGUGGGCCUAAAGCGUCUGCCCACUCUGGACGAGUAUCUGGCUAAGAAGAAGGAGCGGCAGGCGCAAGCACUGGCCGAAAGCAGCUCGAGAUCGGGAAUUCGCGUCAAUGCCAUCAAAGGCUCCAAGCGCAAGCUGCUAGCCGAGGAGGAGGAGGAACUGGAGGCCAAGCGAAAGAAUCCGAAUGUGGUGAGCUUGGAGGAGGACGAUGAGGACGAUGACGACUCUUCUGAUGACCAGGAAGAUGAGGCACCAGCUCAACUUGCUCCUCCCGCCAUACCAACACCAGUUUCUGCUACCCCAGCAAAAAUUGAGGAUAAACCUGCCAAGCAAAAGCCAAAACCGGAGCCUGCUCCACCCGCCUGCAUCCACCAGACCGUCUACGUGCCCGUGCAUCGCACCACUGAGGUCCAGGAGGCCCGUCUGCGGCUACCCAUCCUCGCCGAGGAGCAGCAGGUGAUGGAGACCAUUAACGAGAACCCCAUUGUGAUCGUGGCUGGCGAGACGGGCUCCGGAAAGACUACCCAGCUGCCGCAGUUUCUGUACGAGGCGGGUUACGCCCAGCACAAGAUGAUCGGGGUAACGGAGCCGCGGCGAGUGGCUGCCAUCGCCAUGUCAAAGCGAGUGGCCCACGAGAUGAACCUGCCGGAGAGCGAGGUGUCCUACCUCAUUCGCUUCGAAGGAAACGUAACGCCAGCCACGCGCAUCAAGUUCAUGACCGAUGGUGUGCUGCUCAAGGAGAUCGAAACGGACUUCCUGCUCAGCAAGUACUCGGUGAUCAUCCUGGACGAGGCGCACGAGCGCAGCGUUUACACGGACAUCCUUGUUGGCCUGCUCUCGAGGAUCGUUCCCUUACGCCACAAACGCGGCCAACCGCUGAAACUGAUAAUCAUGUCCGCCACGUUGCGUGUAACCGAUUUCACGGAGAACUCGCGUUUGUUCAAGAUUCCACCACCGUUGCUAAAAGUGGAGGCGCGCCAGUUCCCAGUGACCAUUCACUUCCAAAAGCGCACGCCCGAGGACUACGUGGCGGAAGCCUAUCGCAAGACCUUGAAGAUUCACAACCAGCUGCCCGAAGGCGGCAUCCUGAUUUUUGUGACAGGCCAGCAGGAGGUAAACCAACUGGUGCGCAAGCUCCGACGCACGUUCCCCUAUCAUCCGCCGACCAAGGAUGUGGCGAAAAAGUCGGAAAUUGAACAGGAAGCUACGGAAGAAACAAAGGACGACGUGGCCGAAACUGCGGAGGACCCCAAGGAGCAGGAAUUCGACAUGAAGAGAGUUAUACGCAACAUUCGCAAGUCAAAGAAGAAAUUCCUGGCCCAGAUAGCGCUGCCCAAAAUCAACCUGGAUGACUAUAAGCUUCCUGGCGAUGAUACGGAAGCAGACAUGCAUGAGCAACAGGACGAGGAAGAGGAGCAGGAGGACGACGACGAGCUGGGGUUGGAAGAGGAGUCGGGAAUGGCCUCCGGCCAGAGGCAACCCCUCUGGGUCCUGCCCCUCUACUCGCUGCUCUCCUCGGAGAAGCAGAACCGCAUCUUCCAGCCCGUUCCCGAGGGCUGCCGGCUGUGCGUGGUCAGCACCAAUGUGGCGGAGACCUCGCUCACCAUUCCGCACAUCAAGUAUGUGGUGGACUGCGGUCGCCAGAAGACUCGUCUCUACGACAAGCUGACCGGUGUGAGUGCCUUCGUGGUCACCUACACGUCCAAGGCUUCGGCGGAUCAGCGGUCUGGACGAGCGGGUCGCAUCAGCGCCGGACAUUGCUAUCGUCUCUACUCGAGUGCCGUGUACAACGACUGCUUCGAGGACUUCUCCCAGCCGGAUAUCCAGAAGAAGCCAGUCGAGGAUCUGAUGCUGCAGAUGCGCUGCAUGGGCAUCGAUCGCGUGGUGCACUUCCCCUUCCCUUCGCCACCGGAUCAGGUGCAGCUGCAGGCCGCCGAGCGGCGCUUGACGGUGCUGGGUGCCCUGGAGGCCUCCACCAACUCAGAGAAAACGGACUUGCCGCCUGCCGUCACCCGCUUGGGCCAGGUGAUCUCCCGUUUCCCCGUGGCGCCGCGCUUUGGCAAGAUGCUGGCCCUGUCUCACCAACAGAACCUGCUGCCCUACACCGUCUGCCUGGUGGCCGCUCUCUCCGUCCAGGAGGUGCUCAUCGAGACGGGCGUGCAAAGGGACGAGGAUGUGGCGCCCGGCGCGAACCGUUUCCACCGUAAACGCCAGAGUUGGGCGGCCAGCGGCAACUACCAGCUGCUCGGGGAUCCCAUGGUCUUGUUGCGAGCCGUCGGAGCAGCGGAGUACGCCGGAUCGCAGGGCCGGUUGCCGGAGUUCUGUGCCACGAACGGAUUGCGACAGAAGGCGGUUAGCGAGGUGCGAAAACUACGCGUCCAGCUGACCAACGAGAUCAACCUGAAUGUGAGUGAUGUGGAGCUGGGCGUGGAUCCCGAACUAAAGCCUCCCACGGAUGCUCAGGCGCGGUUCCUCCGACAAAUUCUUCUGGCUGGCAUGGGCGACCGGGUGGCCAGGAAGGUGCCUCUGGCCGACAUUGCCGACAAGGAGGAGCGACGGCGACUAAAGUACGCCUACCACUGCGCCGAUAUGGAGGAGCCAGCCUUCCUGCAUGUCUCAUCUGUGCUGCGUCAAAAGUCACCCGAGUGGGUUGUCUACCAGGAGGCGUAUGAGCUGCAGAACGGCGACUCCACCAAGAUGUUUAUUCGUGGCAUCACCGCAAUCGAGCCGGAGUGGUUGCUUCUGUACGUUCCUCUGCUUUGCAACAUUCGCGAGGUGCGCGAGGAUCCUGCUCCCAGGUUCGACGAGGCUUCUGGCAAGAUCUACUGCCAUGUGGACGCAACGUUUGGCAAGUCUGGCUGGGAACUGCCACUGGGCGAGGUGGAGAUGCCGCUCAGCGAGAAGGCCUGCUGUUACUUCGGCAUGUUUCUGCUGGAGGGCCAAGUUUGCUCCCGGCUAGCCGAGUUUCGCGGCAAACUAAAGUCCACGCCCGCCUCCGUGAUCAAGAGCUGGUCCAGCAUGAACGACAAGGUACUGCGCUUCAAACGAGCUCUGAUCACCAAGCAGAUCCACAACCGCCAGGCGCUGCUCGACCAGUGGACUAGCGACCCCAACUUCCUGUUGGAGGAGUACCAGAAUCUGCUCUAUGACGUGGCCCUCAGCCAAUUGACGCCUCUGUGGCCACCAGUGGACAAGAAGAAACCACAAGGCCAGUAAAAAAGAUAGUUAAACAGCGGGGGUCUUUUUGUAUAACAAGUUUCAUUUAUUAUUUAUUUAAUUGAUAUAUAUUUAUAUAAUUUUUUAUGUAUAAUAUAAAUAUGAAAUUUGUUUUAAAUGGAACUAAAAAAAAUGGAGUGGAGUGAGGGGGAAUAAAAAUGUUUUUGUUAACAGCUAAGUUUCGAUUAAUGUUUAAUACAAUCCAUAUAUGUACAUAGAAAUAAUCAAUAUUCAUUGUAUUUUGUAUUUUUUAGUUUGUUUGUUUGUUGUCUGUUGGUUUUCUCUCUUGGUAAUUCAUCGUAAGUUAAUCCUUCUGCUGUUAAUGAGAAAUUAGCAUUUACACUUGUGUUUAUGAGAGAUUUGGCUAACUGGGCAUGUGGCUAUAUAGUGGGUUUAUGCCUUGGUUAUAUACGCAUCGAACGAACGGAACGAUCGGAUUCGGAUUGGCCGACAAACUGUAGCUUUGUUCGCUUAGCUUUGCUCUUCCCCAUAUGUACAUGUAAAUCGCUAGUUGGAAUUGGGAUUAGGACUCCGUUUGCUGCAGCUCCUCCUCCCCAGGCAAUUGGCUGGGACUCCUCGAAUGUCAUCCUCCAUACGUCUACAAAUGUGUGUGUAGAAAAAAUCAGUCUAAUAUAUUAAGGCAACGUGAGAGCUUUACAUGUCGUCAUUCCACUUGAUCCUCGUCCUCAUCCUCAUCCUCUUAAUCAUCUAGGAAUUGUGUGUAAUAUCUUAGUUUUGUAACUUGAAUCCUGUCCGAAGUUCGCUUUUCGCUUAGGCUAAUUUUAUGCUGUUUUUUUUGUUUUGUUUUUGUAUCCUUUGUGUACUCUUUAACAAUCAAUUUUGGUAUGUUUUGUGUCUGUGUGUGUUGUGUGGGGCUCAUUAACAUUAACUUUAAACUAAUUUCCGUUAAAUAUAUAUUUAUAAAUUCUUUAGGUUUGCUUAAUAUUUCUGUAUUGGCUAGCAAGAGGAGAAAGAA